AUGGGCUUCUCCGUGGCCGACGCGGUCAUACCGGCGUGCGCCGUGGUCGGCAUUGCCUUCGCGCUCUGGCAAUGGUUCCUCGUCGCCAAGGCGAAGGUGUCCGCCUACGCGCCGGCCGGCAACGGCGUGCACGGGCAGCCGGUGUUCCGGACGGGGGACGAGGACGGUGAGGAUACCCGUAUCGGCGGCGGCGGGGACGGCGAGAGCGAUGAGGAGGAGGAUGGAGGCGACGGCCCGGCGGCCGUGGCCAGGUGCGCGGAGAUCCAGAACGCCAUUUCAGUCGGAGCAAACUCGUUCCUUUUCACCCAAUACAAGUACCUCGCGGCCUUCACGGUGAUCUUCGCGGUGGUCAUCUUCCUCUUCCUGGGGUCCGUGCACCGCUUCAGCACCGCCAGCCAGCCGUGCCAGUACACCAAGGGCAAGACGUGCAAGCCGGCGCUGGCCAACGCGGUCUUCACCACAAUGGCCUUCCUCCUGGGCGCCGUCACCUCCGUCGUGUCGGGCUUCCUCGGCAUGCGGAUUGCCACGUUCGCCAACGCGAGAACCACACUGGAGGCGCGCCGCGGCAUCGGCGCGGCCUUCGCUACGGCGUUCCGGUCCGGCGCCGUCAUGGGGUUCCUCCUGUCGUCCCUGGGCCUCCUGGUGCUCUACGUCGCCAUCAAGCUCUUUGGGCUCUACUACCACGACGACUGGGAGGGCCUGUACGAGUCCAUCACCGGCUACGGGCUCGGCGGCUCGUCCAUGGCGCUGUUCGGGAGGGUCGGCGGCGGCAUCUACACCAAGGCGGCGGACGUCGGCGCCGACCUCGUCGGGAAGGUGGAGCGGAACAUCCCCGAGGACGACCCGAGGAACCCCGCGGUGAUCGCUGACAAUGUGGGCGACAACGUCGGCGACAUCGCCGGGAUGGGCUCCGACCUGUUCGGGUCCUACGCCGAGUCCACCUGCGCGGCGCUGUUCGUGGCAUCGAUCUCGUCGUUCGGCGCCGACCACGACUUUGCGGCGGUGUGCUACCCCCUGCUGAUAAGCUCGGCGGGGCUUGUGGUCUGCCUGGUCACCACGCUCUUCGCCACCGAUUUCUUCAAGGUCAAGACCGUCCGCGGGGUCGCGCCAGCGCUGAAGCUUCAGCUCAUCAUCUCCACCGCGCUGAUGACCGUCGCGGCCCUCGUCGUCACCUUCGCCGCGCUCCCCGCCAGGUUCACCAUGUUCGAUUUCGGGGAGCAGAAACAGGUCAAGAACUGGCACGUGUUCUUCUGCGUCGCCAUUGGGUUAUGGGCAGGUCUGGCCAUCGGCUUCACCACAGAGUACUUCACCAGUAAUGCUUACAGCCCUGUUCGGGACGUGGCCGACUCUUGCAGGACCGGCGCGGCGACCAACGUCAUCUUCGGGCUGGCGCUCGGCUACAAAUCCGUCAUCGUUCCCGUGUUAGCCAUCGCCCUAUCAAUCUACAUCAGCUUCACCUUGGCAUCAAUCUACGGCAUCGCCAUCGCCGCGCUCGGGAUGCUCAGCACAGUGGCCACCGGGCUGGCCAUCGACGCGUACGGCCCGAUCAGCGACAACGCCGGAGGCAUCGCGGAGAUGGCCGGCAUGAGCCGCAGGAUCCGGCAGCGGACAGACGCCCUCGACGCCGCGGGCAACACCACCGCGGCCAUCGGCAAGGGGUUCGCCAUCGGCUCAGCGGCGCUGGUGUCGCUGGCGCUGUUCGGCGCGUUCGUGAGCCGCGCGGGCGUCACGGUGAUCAACGUGCUGAGCCCCAAGGUGUUCGCCGGGAUGCUCGCCGGCGGGAUGCUCCCGUACUGGUUCUCGGCGAUGACGAUGAAGAGCGUGGGCAGCGCGGCGCUGAAGAUGGUGGAGGAGGUGCGACGGCAGUUCAGCACCAUCCCGGGGCUGAUGGAGGGGCGCGCGACGCCGGACUACGCCAGCUGCGUGAGGAUCUCGACGGACGCGUCCCUGAGGGAGAUGAUGCCCCCCGGGGCGCUGGUGCUGCUGGCGCCCCUCGUCGUCGGCACUUUCUUCGGCGUCCACACGCUCGCCGGCCUGCUCGCCGGCGCGCUCGUCUCCGGCGUGCAGGUGGCCAUAUCUGCUUCCAACAGCGGGGGAGCCUGGGACAACGCCAAGAAGUACAUCGAGGCGGGUGCGUCGGAGCACGCCAAGUCCCUGGGUCCCAAGGGUUCGGAGGCGCACAAGGCCGCCGUGAUCGGUGACACCAUCGGAGACCCGCUCAAGGAUACGUCCGGGCCGUCGCUCAACAUCCUCAUCAAGCUCAUGGCUGUGGAGUCCCUAGUCUUCGCGCCAUUCUUCGCGGCUCAUGGAGGCCUCAUAAUCAGCUGA